ACGAAACUAGCGCCACGAAUACAGAUGUGUGUUAACGUCUAUGGUCGGCCGGUGUUAGGUAGCUAACAUGUUGUGUUGCAAAAGCGUUGCUGGCAGGCAAAACCUAUCUUGUUCGUGCAUUCGCUUGGCUAUUGAAGCAGUAACGUUUUGCGUUGGCAAUUUAUAUACAUUAUUUAAAACAGUUUGUAGACCGUAGCUAGCUAGGUAUGAAAAGCAGGAAGUCCAGCCUGUUUGUUGUUACGUUAAUUGUAAUUUAGCUAGCUACAAUGACAAUGGUAAUCAAGAUAUUAAAUGAUUGGACCUAGGCCAGGGGUGUUAAAUUCAUUUUUGCCCGGGGGCCGCAUUCGGUUUUCAACGAAAAUUGGUCCUUUUUCCUCACCCCCAACAUUUGCAAAAGAAAAUGUCCUCUUCCGAUGCUCCCUGACUGUCUAGCUUUCAUUUUGGUGAUUUUUGUAAUGUUAUAGUCUACACAGUUGCGAUUUGGUUUUAGUCAUUUGAAGGUAUAUUCAACCCCCCCCGCCCCCCUUUAAUUUUUAAACAUUUUUUUAUUAUUUAUGUUUUACUCAACCCAACCGCGGGCUGGAUUGGACCCUCUCGCAGGCCAUAUAUUUGAUACCACUGACCUAUGCUAUGGGCUGCCAAUAGAAAACAUGGCUGGCUAAUUUGUCAAAUUGGGUAUUGCCCAAUUACCAUUACUGGGACCAAGCAAAGCCUUCCUGCAACGUAGGAAGAAGAGGGCCAGCAGCAGACGCUGGGCUGUUAUGAGUAAAAGGCUUCAAGAAACACCUAAGCCCAUCGUCACACCUGUAAUCACACAACUUGGAAAUUGUGACCCAAUCACCCAAACCAGUCCAGUUCCUUUGCUAGGUGUCAGAGGGUUGCUGCUGGCUUUUGGCAGGGUAUGCCAAAUCUGGAGGAACUGCCUGAGCCAGCCUAACUGCACUGUAUCUGUGAGCUGUUGGCUAGAGCGCACAUGCCAAGACCAGAAUGGAGGAAUUCAGAUAUUACGUCAUUGUAACGGAGACAAAUGUACGGCGAACUUAGCAAACAAGGCAUUUAUGUCAUUUUCUGGAUUCUUGAAAACAUUUUUCUUCUGGUGGGGGUAUGCCAAACAAUUAGAGACCCUCCAGAAUCAAAUGGCUGAGCUGCAGAGGGAGAUGGAUGCCUUGCAUUCUGCUCUUCAGCAGGGGGGUAGCACUGCAUGCCACUGCCAUGGGACUGUGGCUGGUGGUUUAGUCCGUCCAAUGUUCCCUACUCCUCCCCCUCUUCCGUUGGGCUGUGGGUCCAGUGUAGACCCUCUCCCUGCUCUCACACCACCAGUCCCAGCUCCUCCACCACCACCACCACCACCUCCUCCUCCCCCAUCUACCACUUUUCUGCAACCCUACGUCCCUAAAAAAAGAGUGGCCUCCAAUGCUCAACAGAGCUCCAAGGAGAAGCAGGACAUACUGGUAGCUGUGACCCUCAGGGAUUUACAGACUGUUAAACUGAGAAAGGUCAUUGUCAGCAGUGUGAAAUCAAAGAGGACUCCAGAGAAAAUACGUGCCCCUCUGGUCACUGUGGCAGACCUGCAGAAUGUCCGUCUGAAACGAUCCCACUGCCAACUGCUCCCUAAGCUCCCCAAAUGCCUUAGCGCUGGCAGAACACCUUCUAAAAACCCCAUGAGUCUGCGUACACAGCUGAAGAGAGUUCAAAUCAAUAGGAGUCCUGGUGGUACUCCUCUGUUUGACAAGGAGAAUAUGGAGGCAGGCACUGGCCUCACCCCCAUCAUGACUCAGGCUCUGCAACGCAAGUUCCAGAGUGCCUUACCACGAGGACCGUCUCCAAAGGCAAAGAAUUGCAAUGGAAGCUUUGAUAAUCAAAACUGAGACAUUUGUUGAUAGAUACACAAUGUCGAUCCAGACGAGUUGAAAUGUAACAGUGAAAAGCAGCUGCUCUGUUGUAUGCGGAUGGUAUGCAAGCUAUGGAUGUAACUAUUGGCGCAAUGCACAUUUACUAGCGCAUUCUGCUUUCCACUGCUGAAUGGGUUACUCCUUUCCUUUGCUGGAUGGGUUACAUAAUGAUUUCCAUUGCUGAAUGGUUUAUUAAGUGCUAGGGAGAUUGAGGAUGAGAAGAGGAAACACUGUUUUGUCUUGAACCACUUUUAAAAUGAACAUAAAUUCUGAAAGCAAGCAUUUUCUGUGAAAGCUGCUUUUACAGAACAGUCCUGUUAAUUCAUUGAAUGACAGAUGAGGACUUGCCUUGACUGCCCCUCUGUAUCAGACAUAUGAUUGGUUAAUCCCAACACUGCCUUAAAGCCUCAUGCUUCUUGGAACAGUGAUAUUAAGUGAGCCAUACUGAGAUUUUAAAAGGCAGUAGUUGAGAUACUCUGUACAUGUUGAGGAAACACAAUCUGUGAUGAGUUACUUAAACUGAGUGAGAUGCAUCACAUGUUUUUAAUGUGAGUUCAGUUAGUAGUCAUUUUUAUGAGGAAGUAAACAUAUCUGAGGGACUUUGUUUGGAAAUUGCACAUUGACUAGGGACCCAAUAUGUUUGUGAGCUAUUGUGUUUUGAUCUUUGUUUAUAUAGCUUUUUUCUAAAAUCUUAUAUCGCAUGAUAUUUUUAAUUUGCUACUGUAACCAAAUAAAAUCUGUUACAUUUUUAAAGUUUUUA